GUAGGGUUCUCUGGGGGGCAAGUGUCCUUCAGUCCCUCCACUUGGAGGAGAAGGAAUGUGGCCUGGCCGGCUGGUUGGGAUUGAGGAGGAGCUUUGGGGCCGGGCGGGGCAGGGGCAGGCUGAGGCAGGGCUCCUGCUGGCACUGCACUCCCUGCUGCUGCACGGCAAGGCCCUGCCACCCACCUUCAGGAGGUGCAGCCAUGUUCUGGAUACCCUGACCCCUCGGAAGCCCAUGGGGAGCCCCGGACUGGCAGCCCUGCUCCUGUCUCUCCUCCAGCUGCUCAUUGGCCUGUCUGCCGCUGCUGGUGUUGGCUGCCCCUACCUUCCCAGCUGGAGCGCCCUCUGUCUGCUGGCCUCCCACGUGGAUGACAGUUUCACUGGUGAGUCCGCCCAGAUUCCUCGCCAUACCCGAUGGGCCUUUACCCCCUCCCCAAAGCCUUGGUGUGCUUGGCUCUGCCACUGUCCCUGCUGUUGGUGCCUGCAUCUGGUGUCAGAUCCUUCGGGUCUUCAGUGGGGCUGGCUCCACCUCCUGGUGCAGAAAUCCAAAAAGUCUUACAAGUUCCAGUUCUGUAGGAGGCACACGAUGCCAGCAUCUGCUCAGAGGAAGCUGCUAAGUAGCCGUUGCCUGUCUGAGAAGGGCCAUCACAUCUCCGUCCCCUCCCCAGACACCUCCCACAAGGGGCUGCGUUCCAAAAGAACCCAACCUGCAGAUCCAGAGAAAGGGGACGUUCUCUCCAAACGUGGCUCACAAAGGCUUGGAGGGCCUGAGUUCUCCUUUGACUUGCUGCCUGAGGCACGGGUUAUUCAAGUGACCGUUCCUCCAGGCCCUGAGGUCAGUGUGCGUCUUUGCCACCAGUGGGCACUGGAGUGUGAGGAGCUGAGCCGUCCCUUUGAUGCCCAGAAAAUUGUGUCUGGGGGCUGCACUGUAGACCUGCCUUAUGAAUUCCUUCUGCCCUGUCUGUGCAUCGAGGUGUCCUACCUGCAAGAGGACACCGUGAGGCACAAAAAAUGUCCCUUCCAGAGCUGGCCUGAAGCCUAUGGCUUGGACUUCUGGGAGUCGGUGAACUUUACUGACCACAGCCAGCACAGUCAGAUGAUCAUGGCCCUGACACUCCGCUGCCCACUGAAGCUGGACGCCUCCCUCUGCCAGAGGCGGGGCUGGCAUACCCUUUGCGAAGACGUCCCCAAUGCCACGGCUCGAGAGUCAGAGGGGUGGUAUGUCUUGGAGAAGGUGGACUUGCACCCCCAGCUCUGCUUCAAGUUCUCUUUUGGAAACAGCAGCCACGUUGAAUGCCCCCACCAGACAUUCGCCCCAUCCUGGAACGUGAGCAUGGAUACCCAGGCCCAGCAGCUGGUCCUUCACUUCUCCUCAAGGAUGCCCGCCACCUUCAGUGCUGCCUGGAGCCACUCAGGCUUGGGGCAGGACAGCAUGGUGCCCCCUGUGUACAGCGUCAGCCAGACUCAGGGCUCAAGCUCAGUGACACUAGACCUCAUCGUUCCCUUCCUGAGGCCAGGGGGCUGUGUCCUGGUUUGGAGGUCAGAUGUCCAGUUUGCCUGGAAGCACCUCCUGUGUCCGGAUGUCUCUCAUAGGCUCCUGGGGCUCUUGAUCCUGGCGCUGCAGGCCUUCACCACCCUACUGGGUGUUGUUCUGGUGCUCACCUGCCAGCGCCCACUGUCAGGCCCAGGUCGAGCGCGGCCGGUACUGCUCCUGCACGUGGCGGACUCCGAGGCGCAGCGGCGCCUGGUGGGAGCGCUGGCUGAACUGCUGCGGGCCGCGCUGGGCGGCGGGCGCGACGUGAUCGUGGACCUGUGGGAGGGCACGCGGGUGGCGCGCGUGGGCCCGCUGCCGUGGCUCUGGGCGGCACGGGCGCGCGUGGCGCGGGAGCGGGACACCGUGCUGCUGCUGUGGAGCUGCGCCAGCCCGAGCCCCGCCGGCGGCCCGGAUGCCCGCGCCGCGCCCCUGCGCGCCCUGCUCCGCGCCGCCCCGCGCCCGCUGCCGCUGCUCGCUUACUUCAGUCGCCUCUGCGCCAAAGGCGACAUUCCUCCGCCCCUGCGCGCCCUGCCCCGCUACCGCCUGCUGCAAGACCUGCCGCGCCUGCUGCGGGCGCUGGACGCGCGGACUUCGACCCAAGCCACCAGCUGGGGCCACCUGGCGGCCCGGCCGUGCCUGCGGGGUCGCGUGGAGCUGUGCCGCCAGCUGGAACGCGAGGCCGCCAAACUUGCCGAUCAAGGCUAAGCAGAGCUCACCGCAGUCCGAUGUCUGUGGCCGCAGGCCUAGGGGCACUGGCUGGAAGCCCCGAAUGAGGCUUCUACCCUGGAAUCGUUGGAUGCCUCCUAGGGGCCACUGGCCGCAGAGUCUUACGCUGCCUCCCAGCCCGGGAGCAGGGCAUCACACUCACUGUCCCCGCCCGUUCCCCACGUUCCCCCAGGGUCCAGUCUCUUCCUCAUGCUUAUGCUUGAGGGUGCUCUCCCUCAGAACUCCCAGGGAGAGUCACUCUUUCCUGAGAACUCCUCUGACCUCAGUGCUGUUGUGAGUCGGCGAUCGUCCCACUUCCUCUCUCCGAAAUUCCAGAGAAUAGUCUGCACGUGCUCCAGUCCAGGCCAGAGGGGUUGGGACAGGGGUUGGGGAGGCAGGAGCUCUGGCAGCUCUGAGUGGGAGGCGGCUGCAGAGGGGGUGGGGGGACAGAAAACCCCUU